GUGACGGGCCAUUGGGCUGGAUAUGUCAGGGAUGGUGUUGGCAUGGCGGAGAGGUACUUUAGUCGGAAGGGGUGGUUUGGGUUCGAGGCUCAGGACCGGGGUACGAUGACGGGGCAGUUGGAGGGGGCGGGGGAGGGAGAAAGCACGCAGGAUGUGUUGGAGAGGUGGCAGAAGGAUGGCAAGUACAAGGUGGUGGUCGAGGUGGCUAUGGCUUGGGCGAUUACGAAGGCGCUGCUCCCAGCGAGGAUCCUCGUCAGCGUAUGGGGGACGCCGUGGUUUGCGGGCGCGAUGGGUAGGGCACGUGGAAUGUUGAGAUCACGUCGAUAGUCACGGU